GGUCGCGUCGCAGUUUCCGCUGGUUUGCGGAUCGCUUUAGUGCGUCGCACAAAUAAAAACAAAACUUUGUAUCUUAUCAGGUUGUCUCACGGUUUUAUUAAACGCAUCGACAUCAUUUAGCCUGACCUGGCCAUUUUAACGUAGGUGCAGUGAAAAACAUGCAUAAGAACAUUGCUUUUUGGGUUUAAUUAGCAUUAGCUAACCAUUUAGCGCUUAGCUGCCUGAGGUAGCAUGCAGUGAAUAUACCGAGCUGAUUUAUACCAAAACCUACAGAAUCUAACAAAGUCAGAGAAGGAUGUCUGAUUCAGACAGCGACGAAGACCAGGAUCGGCCCUUUUCCCUCACUGGCUUCCUGUUUGGAAAUAUCAAUGAAGAUGGACAGUUAGAGGGAGACAGUGUUCUGGACAAUGAGUCCAAGAAGCAUCUGGCAGGUUUGGGGACUUUGGGUCUGGGCUCUCUCAUCACCGAGAUCACUGCCAAUGAGAAUGAGGAUAAGGAGGAAAACAGAGACCCUGUAAACGUGGAUUCAGAGGGUUGGGUGAAAAGCACUGAAGAUGCAGUGGACUACUCUGACAUCAGUGAGGUUGCUGAGGAUGAGACUAAAAAGUACCGCCAGGCAAUGGGGUCUUUGCAGCCCAGCAGGAAAACAGAUGAUGAGGAUGAUUAUGAUGCCGACUGUGAGGAUAUUGACUCGAAGCUUAUGCCUCCUCCACCACCGCCGAGUCUUCCCACUGCAGCUAAGAAAGAGGAAUCUCCCAACAGCACAAAUGCAGCUGGGGAAGAGGGUGAUGGCAUCAUCUUGCCUUCCAUUAUUGCACCAUCUUCCACUGCCGAUAAGGUGGAUUUCAGCAGCUCUUCAGACUCUGAGUCAGAAACUGACCGACCCUGCCAGGGUUCAGGAGUUUUAGGGCCCCCGGACAGGCUCACCCUCCCUCUUGCUGGCAUCAUGCAGAAGGAUGCUGCCAAAGCAUUGCCGAGUGUCACACAACUCUUUCCAGAGUUUAAGCCCGGCAAGGUCCUUAGGUUUUUACGACUGUUUGGUCCUGGAAAGAAUAUGCCUUCAGUGUGGAGGAGCGCCCGCAGGAAGAAGAAGAGGAAACACAGGGACCCUCAGCCUGGAACACCUCCGCCAGAGGAAGACGCCUCAGAACAAAGUCAGGAGAAAAGGUCUGGAUGGAUUUACGAGUACGCACUCCCUCCACCUCCAGAGCAGUGUCUCUCUGAUGAUGAGAUAACCAUGAUGGCUCCAGUAGAAUCAAAGUUCUCUCAGACAUCUGGGGACGCAGACAAAGAGACAGAGUCUCGACCUAAAGUAGCAGAAUGGAGAUACGGUCCAGCCCAGCUCUGGUACGACAUGCUGGGAGUACCUGAGGACGGAAGCCAUUUCAACUAUGGUUUUAAACUUAAAGAAGAUCAGCCCAGUGAGACAGAGGAGCAAGAUCUGCCUAAAGAAAUAACAGAACCUCCUCAAAAGUUUCAGAAGGACGACGAUAACAUGGAUACUGAUGGUGAUGAUGACGAUGAUGGAGAUAAAGCACGACAGGCUCUGGAGAACGAGCUGUUCCUAAUGGUCACUCAGCUCCAGUGGGAGGAUGAUAUUAUCUGGAAUGGAGAAGAUGUGAAACACAAAGGUACCAAGACUCAAAGAGCCAGCUUGGCCGGGUGGCUCCCUUCCAGCAUGACCCGUAAUGCUAACGCUUAUAAUGCACAACAGGGUCUGACCCGAAGCAAUUCCCAGCUGGUCCCACCAACACCUCCGCCUAUUCCAAAAGCUUCCUCAAUCUCUGGCUCGAAGCGGGAAAAAAGCAGCCAUGACAAUCAAGCCUCCCUAGAAGAAGACUGUUUGUGGUUUUCCAUUUUUCCCAUUGACAAUGAGGAGUUGGUGUACGGUCGCUGGGAAGAUAACAUUAUCUGGGAUGACCAGGAGAUGGAUCGCUUCCUCAUGCCGCCUGUUCUCACACUGGAUCCUAAUGAUGAGAAUAUAAUUCUAGAAAUUCCCGAUGAAAAGGAGGAGACAACUUCUCAUUCCCCAUCGAAAGAGAAUAAGAAGGAGACAGCGCUGAAGAAGAGUCGCAUUCUGUUGGGGAAGACCGGCGUAAUAAAAGAUGAGCCACAACAGAACAUGUCCCAACCUGAAGUUAAAGAUCCCUGGAACCUCUCCAAUGAUGAGUUCUACUAUCCCAAACAGCAGGGCCUGAGAGGAACCUUCGGUGGCAACAUUAUUCAGCACUCCAUUCCAGCCCUCGAGCUGAGACAGCCCUUCUUCCCCACUCACAUGGGUCCAAUGAAGCUUCGGCAGUUCCAUCGACCGGCCCUGAAGAAAUACUCUUUUGGAGCUUUGGCGCAGCCAGGUCCACAUGCUGUUCAGCCACUGCUCAAACACAUAAAGAAGAAAGCUAAAAUGCGAGAGCAGGAGCGGCAGGCAUCAGGCGGUGGAGACAUGUUCUUCAUGCGAACGCCACAGGACCUGACGGGCAAAGACGGAGAUCUUAUCCUGGCAGAGUACAGUGAGGAAUACGCACCUAUCAUCAUGCAAGUUGGCAUGGCAACCAAGAUCAAAAACUACUACAAAAGGAAACCUGGAAAAGAUCCAGGAGCACCUGACUGUAAGUAUGGAGAGACAGUGUAUUGCCAUACCUCCCCUUUCUUGGGUUCUCUGCAUCCUGGUCAGCUUCUCCAGGCUUUUGAAAACAACCUCUUUCGUGCCCCGAUCUACUUGCACAAGAUGCCAGAGACAGAUUUUUUGGUCAUACGAACUCGACAUGGCUACUACAUCAGGGAGCUUGUGGACAUUUUUGUUGUUGGUCAAGAGUGCCCCUUGUUUGAAGUUCCAGGUCCAAAUUCCAAACGUGCCAAUACUCACAUUAGAGACUUCCUGCAGGUGUUCAUUUACCGCUUGUUCUGGAAGAGCAAAGACCGACCUCGCAGAAUCCGCAUGGAGGAUAUAAAAAAAGCUUUUCCCUCGCACUCAGAGAGCAGCAUCAGGAAGCGACUCAAACUCUGUGCUGACUUCAAACGUACAGGGAUGGACUCAAACUGGUGGGUGCUGAAGCCUGACUUCAGAUUACCCACAGAAGAGGAAAUUAGAGCUAUGGUUUCUCCAGAACAAUGCUGUGCGUACUACAGCAUGCUGGUUGCAGAGCAGAGGCUUAAGGAUGCUGGGUACGGCGAGAAGUCUUUCUUUGCUCCAGAAGAGGAGAACGAAGAGGACUUUCAAAUGAAGAUCGAUGAUGAGGUGCGGACAGCUCCCUGGAACACAACAAGGGCCUUCAUUUCUGCCAUGAAGGGCAAGUGUCUAUUGGAGGUUACUGGAGUGGCAGAUCCCACAGGCUGUGGAGAAGGUUUCUCAUAUGUGAAAGUGCCAAACAAGCCCACCCAACAAAAGGAUGACAAAGAGCCGCAGCCUGCUAAAAAGACUGUGACAGGGACGGAUGCUGACCUGAGGAGGCUCUCUCUGAAGAACGCCAAGCAGCUCCUUCGCAAAUUUGGUGUCCCAGAGGAAGAGAUCAAGAAACUUUCCCGUUGGGAGGUUAUUGAUGUCGUGAGGACCAUGUCCACGGAGCAGGCACGUUCAGGUGAAGGUCCAAUGAGCAAGUUUGCCAGAGGCUCUCGUUUCUCUGUCGCCGAACACCAAGAGCGCUACAAGGAGGAGUGCCAGAGGAUCUUUGACUUGCAGAACAAAGUGUUGGAGUCCACAGAGGUGUUGUCCACAGACACAGACAGCAGUUCGGCUGAAGAUAGUGACUUUGAGGAGAUGGGUAAGAACAUUGAGAACAUGCUGCAGAAUAAAAAGACCAGCUCACAGCUUUCCCGUGAGAGGGAGGAGCAGGAGAGGAAGGAACUGCAGAGAAUGCUGAUGGGCGAGGAAAGCGAUCGUGACAACAAGGGACGCAAGGAGAGGCGCAAAGGCUUGUCGAGCGCCUUGUCCACCAGCUCCCACAAAGAUGAUGACACAUCCUCCGUCACCAGUCUGAACUCGUCAGCUACGGGACGUCGUCUCAAGAUUUAUCGCACCUUCAGGGAUGAGGAUGGUAAAGAAUACGUGCGCUGUGAGACGGUUCGUAAAGCUGCCGUCAUCGACGCCUACACCAGGAUCAGAGCCACCAAGGAUGAUGAGUUUAUACGAAAGUUUGCCCUCUUUGAUGAGCAGCACAGAGAAGAGAUGAGGAAGGAGCGGCGACGUAUUCAAGAGCAACUCAGGAGGCUGAAGAGAAACCAAGAGAAGGACAAGAUCAAAGGACCCCCAGAGAAGAAGUCCAAGAAGGUCAAAGAGAGACCAGACCUCAAGGUAAAACUGAAGUGCGGUGCGUGUGGCGCCAUUGGACACAUGAGGACCAACAAAUUCUGCCCACUGUACUACCAAACCAACGCCCCGCCCUCUAACCCAGUCGCCAUGACAGAGGAGCAGGAGGAAGAGCUGGAAAAGACGGUGAUCCACAACGACAACGAGGAACUCAUCAAGGUGGAGGGCACUAAAAUUGUGCUGGGCAAGCAGCUCAUUGAAAGUGCCGAUGAGGUGCGCAGAAAGUCUUUGGUACUCAAGUUUCCCAAGCAGCAGCUACCACAAAAGAAGAAAAGACGCGUCGGCAGUGCGGUCCAUUGUGAUUACCUCAAUAAGCCACACAAGGCAAUCCACCGCAGACGCACCGACCCCAUGGUUACACUGUCCUCUGUGCUGGAAGGAAUCAUCAAUGAUAUGCGGGAUCACCCCAAUACGUACCCUUUCCACACACCAGUCAACGCCAAGGUUGUCAAGGAUUACUAUAAGAUAAUCAAUCGCCCCAUGGACCUUCAGACGCUGAGGGAGAACGUACGAAAGCGGAUGUACCCAUCGAGGGAGGAGUUCCGGGAGGCAGUGGAGCUCAUUGUCAAAAACAGCGCUACAUACAAUGGAGCGAAACAUCCCAUAACACAAGUGGCACAGUCCAUGCUUGACCUGUGCGAUGCUAAACUCAAAGAGAAGGAGGAUCGGCUGGUGAGGCUGGAGAAGGCAAUCAACCCCCUUCUGGAUGAUGAUGAUCAGGUGGCCUUUUCCUUCAUCCUGGACAACAUUGUCACUCAGAAAAUGAUGGCGGUUCCUGACUCGUGGCCGUUUCACCAUCCUGUCAAUAAAAAGUUCAUCCCAGAUUAUUAUAAGGUUAUUGUAAAUCCUAUGGAUCUGGAGACUAUCCGGAAGAACAUCUCCAAGCAUAAAUACCAGAAUCGGGAAACGUUUCUGUCAGAUAUCAGUCUCAUCCAUGCCAACAGUAUCAAAUACAACGGCCCUGACAGUCCCUACACCAAGACCGCUCUGGACAUUGUUAAUGUGUGCAAGGGGACCUUAGCAGAGUACGAUGAGCACUUGACACAGUUGGAAAAGGACAUCUCUACAGCCAAGGAGGCAGCUCUGGAUGCAGCAGACUUGGAGAGCCUGGACCCAAUGACGCCCGGGCCUUACACACCGCAGCCUGCUGAUCUGUUUGACAGCGUGGCUUCAGGGAGUCUACCCAGAGAGCCCAGCAGCCUUUUCUCUGAGGGACCUCUAUUGGUUGCUCAAGAGAAGAGAGGGGGGCAGGGUCGGCAUAUGAGAAGACCUGGCGAGGAGGACUCGGACGUGGACAUCGAAGGCUUUGAGGAGGAAGAUGAUGGCAAACCCAAGACCCCUGCUCCUGCAGAGGAUGCUGACGGAGAUCUGGAGGAUGAAGAUGAUGAAGAGAUGUUGCUACCACCUCGUAGGCGGCCACACGACCAUGAAUUAGAGGAUGAUGAUGAUGAGGGAGGACAUGGAAGAUCUAAUCACCCAGCUCAGUCCAGUGUGCUGUAUCAGGACCUGCUCAUGUCUGAUGGAGAGGAUGAUGCCACCGAUGAAGAAGGGGACAACCCAUUCUCUGCCAUACAGCUGUCAGAGAGUGGCAGCGACUCUGACAGGGAAGUCGAUAUACGACCUGCACCUCCACGGAGAGCUCAGGAUACAGCCCGCAUGGGCAUGGAGCAGGAUGAGAGCAUGAUGUCAUAUGAAGGCGUUGGCAAUGAACACAUGGAAGACAGCAACAUCAGUUAUGGCAGCUAUGAGGAAACAGAGAGUCGGAGUCAAAUGCAGCAAUCCAGCAUGGGGAACGGCGAAGAGUAUGGCAUCAGUGAAGAGGAGGAGGAAGACGAGGAAGAUGAAGCGCGGAGAAGAGGCCCAGCUGUCUUGUCCCAAGUCCAGCUCAGUGAAGAUGAAGACAGUGAAGAGUUCAGAUCCGUCGGAGGAGACAGUGACAUGGACUCCGAUAAUUAGUCUAAUUUCCCUUUUUUUCCCCGAGUGGACAGUAUCCUUCAACAUUGUUGGAAUCCCCAUUUAAAUACUGAGAAAUGUAAUUUCUCUGGUAAAUACUGUAUGUACAAACGUUUUGUAAAUGAUUAUUGCUAUUGUAGAACCUCAAGUGAACAAAGUGGCAAAUUGUAAAUUAUAGCUUGUUCCUUUUUAUGUAAACUAAAUAAUAUCCAUCAUGGUGGUGUCUUUUUUUUUUUUUAACCAUUUUAACUGUAACUCUAACAACAGCAAUUGUUAGAUGUUUCUACGCUACCAUCUGAGUAAUAUGUAAUAAAAAAAUUUAAAAUAUA